AUGGUGACAAGUCUCGUGCCGAGGUACGUGGCAGCUCAGAUGGUUGGUGCAAUCUUGGCGGGAGCGAUGAUAAACCUCCUCGUCUAUGGCGGAACCAUUGCCGCUUUCGAGCGCGAGAACGGCAUCGUUCGUGGAGAGCCCAAAUCCAUCCUUUCCGCCUCGGCUUUUGGUGAGUACUUUCCAAAUCCAGGCCUCUCCAAAGAGUACGGCAGCGGGCCUUACGUCCAAGACGAUGUCUCGGUCUUUGGUGCUCUCAUGACGGAGGCUUGGGGGACGCUUAUCCUUGCGUUCGUGAUCUUUGGCAUCACCAACGGCCGAAACAAGGUCCUCGGCAGUGUAGAGCGCGUCGGCGUCCCCUUUGUCAUUGGCAUGACCGUGGCCGUUCUCCUCCCGCUGUAUGCCCCCAUCACUCAGGCCGGAUGGAACCCGGCACGAGACUUUGGCCCUCGCAUCGUGGCGGCUUUGGGUGGCUGGGGCGAGGUCGCCAUCCCGGGCCCGCGAAGCGGCUUCUGGAUUUACAUUGUCGGGCCAUGCCUGGGUGCUCCUGUUGGUGCCUUCAUGGCCGAGAAGCUGCUGUGGCGGAAGGUGGCAAAGUGA